UAGACAAAGAAAAAAAACAAUCAAUGGAUAAUAAAAGAUGAUUGGUGAUUGAUUGAUUUAACUAUAGAUGAAUUAAAAAGAGUUGGGAUCUAUUAAGCGAAAGGUUCAACAAGAUCAAAUAUGUUUGAUGGUCUUUUUACUUAUCCAAAAUUAUGGGAGGUAAAGAAUUUCAAAAAUCAUAUUGAAAAACAAAGAAAUCCUAACAAAAUGGCUGUUUGGAUAUCAUUUAGAAUAUGCAGGAGUAUCAAUAGUUGAAUUAGUUAUUUAUGAAUUAUAAAGAUUAGCUAUUUGAACAAUAAAAGAAUACAAGAAUGAAUGUUGUUUCAAUAGUCAUAAUGAAUUUGAUAUAAAUGCUUCAAGAGAAUUGACUAACCUUUCAAGAGUGUUUUAUUAAUUGGAUUGUAAGAAUUAACCAUCAACAUUUUAUACUACAAAAUACAUGAACAUUAUUGAAGCAGAUUUAGCAUCAGCAAGGAAUUAAAAGAAGAAGU